GGCCCUAUUCCCUCGCUGACCUGCCCUAGGGUGGGAGACAGAACGGGAGGCCUCUCUAGACUCCUUCCCCGUCCCCCCCCACGAGCAGAUGGGGGCGAGCCUUCCUUGAGAGGCCUCCUUCCCUCUCCCCGCCUGCGGUUCGGGGGUACAACUCCCCUGGUCCAGACACUCCUCGGUUGCUCAGCGGGACUGUGGCCAAGUCCCUCCUUUUGUCUCGUGUGCCAGACCCACUGGGGAAGUACUUUUGGUUUUGCAGAGAAGAGACAGCCCUGAAUCCGCCUUGUCCGGGCGCGGAAAAAGGAGGAGACGAGUCGUAGGGACCGCCUUUCCUUCCCCUGGCCGAGCGGGGCGCCCCCAAGGAAAGCGCGAAAUGCGAGCGGGGCCCGGCCGCCUCCAGACCUAGCCAUCCUUCCUCAUUCUUGCCCCAGAAGAAUUUUGUAUUACUUUAUAGAGCCUGAACGAACUCCCAUUCAGCGAUAAAUGCUGAAGAAACACCGAAGUUCUGGAAAUAGCGACUCAGUAUCAUGGCCGGCAGCCCUAAUGAAGAUCCAGAAGGAAGCAGAAUCACUUAUGUGAAAGGAGACCUUUUUGCAUGCCCCAAAACAGACUCUUUAGCCCACUGUAUCAGUGAGGAUUGUCGAAUGGGUGCUGGGAUAGCUGUCCUUUUCAAGAAGAAAUUUGGAGGGGUGCAGGAGCUGUUAAAUCAACAAAAGAAAUCUGGAGAAGUGGCUGUUCUGAAGAGAGAUGGGCGAUAUAUAUAUUACUUGAUUACAAAGAAAAGGGCUUCACAUAAGCCAACUUAUGAAAACUUACAGAAGAGUUUAGAGGCCAUGAAGUCCCACUGUCUGAAGAAUGGAGUCACCGACCUCUCUAUGCCCAGGAUUGGAUGUGGUCUUGAUCGUCUGCAAUGGGAAAACGUAUCUGCAAUGAUUGAGGAGGUGUUUGAAGCAACAGACAUCAGAAUUACUGUGUACACACUCUGAACAGACGGGCGCUUUGGAUGUGUCCACAUUCUCCUGUUUUAACCCCUACUGGACCAUAGCACUGGGUGAACUGGCCUAUUUAAGUCCUCGGUCAGGGGAAGUUUCAUGUGAAGUAGUCUGUGUCACAGGCCAGACUUGGGUUACUGUAUUCUCAUGAUUGGACUGGAACUGUGGAGGAGGGAUUGCUUGGGAAAUGUUGCUGUGAUGUUUUUUGCAAGGUAAGGAGUAGAUGGCCUGAUAGGAGACAAGGAAACCGGAUGUUGGGCCUCUGACCCCUGUUUCUCCGGGAUGCUUCCUGACUUGUUUGGCUUGCCACUGGGUGGCAGCAUUGAUUAUACUUCUCUGCUGUUUAAGAGAAAUUUCAUGAAGGAUGAACAUUUCAGUUAAUUUUCCAUCUUUUGUCAUUUGUGAGUUUGCUUAGUAUUAAUCUAAUGUCACGUUCAUCCUAGGAGAGAGUGAUGGGUUUUGUUUUGUUUAAAUUACAAAGAUGAGUGUUAUGUUGUUAACAAGAUAUUUGUGGUGACAGAAAUGGAAGAAUAAAUAUCUUUUGGGGUCUAGUAAGGUUCUGUACACACAUCUGUUGUUCUGGACCUGGGUAAUGGAAGAUCCGCCUGAAAAUUAAUUGGGAGAAAUCAGACAAAGGGUCCAGGGGGAAGAGCAGCAAGGUGAGAAGAAAUCAGAAUGGACAAGAACUGUGGGUCAGUAUUUCUGGAAAGGAGGGUUUAGAAUCCCUUCCUGGUGAACUCUUUCUUCUUCCACCACAAAGCUUCUGUGACUGAACGUGUAUGAAUUCAGCCAUGAAACAAAUGAGGUAACGUAUAGUAAAUGCCUGCUGAAUUGCUCAGGGCAGAGUAAUGACUCAACAAAUCAGCGGCUCUCAACAAAAUCCUUAUGAAUCUUUUUAAGAAAAAGGCCCACUUCCUUCAGAAAUUCUAGUUUGGUAGUUUGGGGUGGGGUGGAGGGCUGGCUAUAUUUCUUUGUGCUUUUAAGCAGCAGAAGGUUGUGGUAUGCAGCCAGCUGGAAUGGAGAAUAGUAAAUAUUAGUCCCCUUUUCUGUCUAAGCUAAGAGAGCACCACUUUAUCCACUCCUGUGCUCAUGGUGAAAGAGUAUGUCCCCGGAUUCAGUAUCCAAGGUGUUGGGAAAACUAGUGGAAUUUUCUGUUUUACCGUUACUAUGGUAUUAAAACAAGGGCACCUGGCUGGUUCAGUCAGUAGAGCAUGCAGCUCUUAAUGGCAGGGCCUUGCAUUCAAGCCCCACAUUGGGCGUACAGCCUGCUUGAAAUAAAAAAAAUUAAAGUUAGGGGUCCCAGGGUGACUCAGUCAGUAGAAUGUCCUGACUCUUCGUUUUGGCUCAGGUCACAAUCUCAUGGUUCUUGGGUCUGAGCCCCACAUCACCACGGAGUCCGCUUGGGAUUCUCUCGUUCCUUCUCUCUCUGCCCCUCCCCCGCUUGCAUGCUGGCUCUCGCUCUCUCAAAAUAGAUCCGCUUUUUUUAAAAAGUUAAAAUAGCGAGACCAACUAUUGAUUUUCUCCCUAGAGUGAAUUCUGGGUCUGUCCUGGGACUUGCUGCUUACUCAAGUAUAAAAGAACUGGUUUUCAGAAGGGGGUUGCUGAAACACUAUGAAAACACCAGUUAAAUACAAUCUUUGUACUUUAGACUCGUGUUCUUAUCACACUGCAGCCUGAUAGGAGGCAGCAGUUUCAAAAAGUACUUCACUUUUGUAUCUCUGGAACAGACAAGUUCAUGUUGUUGGGUAGGGGUAGUGCAGGGCCAAGUUCAUUGUUAGGCUUUCUUGAAGCUUCACUUCUGUCCACAUAUGGUAAAACCGAAGGGGGGAAAAGAAAUGUCUAAAUACAAAACACAGAGAAUGAGAGUGGGAUGGUAAGAGCAAACUUAGAAUGAAAGUAUUUUGUUUAUGCAAAUAAAUCUUUGCUUUUGGCUCAAAACAUUGAUUUUGUAGGCUUCUACAUUUAAAGGAAUUAGGGUUAAUUUUUUUCAUGGAGUAUGAGCCUUGAUGAUUCUUUGAACAAAGACUAGUCUUGUGGAGGACUGGCUGUAAGUGGAAUUCUGGGACUCAGCAGGGAUACGAUAAAGUGCUUUGUCAUUUGCAUAUAGUCUUGGGGUCAAAUUCUGACGAUUUAUCACACUUGAAGCUUGGGAAGAAGAGGCAUGGUCUGAUAGAAUGAGCACAUUAUUCCUGGAAACCUAGUUAGAGUUUGGCAAACACCCAGAAAUUCACAUGUGAAAUUUUGCUUCUCCAUAAGACUCAAGCCUUUUAAGAAACGAGACUUGACACCAUCCUGCCAUCACCAUUGAGUACCACAUACCAACUACUCCUACAGUAUGUGUGUCUGAACAUUGAAAUCCUACUUAUCCUCUCCUUAAGAUGCUAAUUCCUUAUUAGUUGGCAGUCGGAACAUGGAUAUCUUGUAAACAGAUUUCCCCUGCCUUUGUUUCACCCUCUGCCAUAUUCCUUGUCUUCAGAGAAGGGAAAAGGCACUCAAUUACAAGUAAUCACAGAAGAAAAUACUGGAUAAAGGUCAAGACUGGGGUGGGAAGUCUGACUAGGAGAGUUAGUAUCCUGUGUUGCCUGGACAAGCCCUGGAUUAAGCCUCCCUUCCACUUUCUAAUAUCCUGGCUUGGCUCAUAGCCUGGGAACGUCCCUAUUCCUAGGACUUGUUCACUGUACAUAGUAACUUCUAAAUGUCCAAGUUCCCUAAAAAACCUGGUCACAGAAAAACCACACCACUUCUUUUAUUAAUGUUGCUAUCUUUCUUUAAAAAAAAAAAAAAAAAAAAAAACCUUAACAAAUACACAUCCGGACAUAUUUCAAAGAUCUGCACAAACCUUGGGUCUGAGGCUCUUUGCCUCAAAGCAACCCAUUUGGGGGAAUAAUUAGGCCCCUCAGCCCCACAGAUGCCUGCGGCCCAUAUACAGUUGUCAUUUUCCUUGCAACUCACUUUUCCCAAGAGCAGCCUUAGAGCAGCCUUAGAGAGAGCCAUGGCUUAAAUGAUUUACAGCAUGAGCAGUAUAUUUAGAGUCCUUGGAGGGCCUGUGCAGGAGGAUUGGUUGGUGUCCAAUGUUGUCCAGCUCAAGUGGUAUUAGGAAGUCAGACAUGUCCCAGAUGGCCAUACAUGUCACUGCUGUCUCCUGGUGGCAGCAGGCAGACCUUAGUGAGAAAACAAGAAAGCAUGUUACUGAGAGCUCUGCUGGCCCCAAUGAAGAGUUUCUUUUGAGCUGAGGUCUCUGUGUGCCCUCCCCAGCAAUCUGAAUUUCUCCCCCAGUUGCCUGUGAUUUCCACUGUUCCCAGUGUUAGGUUUGCUCUAUUCAUGUUUUGGUGUGGUUCACACAGGGAAAACCCCAGAAGAUCCCUACUUUAAUUCUAUUCUCUUGAGUUAGAUACAUGGUUAAGUCCUAUUCUGUCAUUUUUUUU